UCUGUUUUUCUUGUGUAAACUUCAGAUGUGUAUCAUAAAAUGCUCCGUAACUACGAACUGAGGGACUACUUUUCUUCCGCAUUAACGGAAGUCCGCCUUGAAGUCUUUAGCAAACUACCCUUUAAACUGAAAAACCUCAUGCGCUUGUUAAACCACUGGAACAUUCAUAUAGCCCAACGACAUAGCAAUCAACGUUUCUCAGCCAACUUUGUCGAGUCCUUAGUCAUCUGGUGCUGGAAGCGCGCAGGUGCAGGGGACGAUGUUGACACCGCCCAGGGGAUGAAAACAGUUAUGUGUGAGUUAGCAAAAGGUACUGCUAUUAAUAUUGACUGGCAAGGUUGUCAUUUGAUCGACGAAUAUCAACCUGACGGUCAGAAAACGAUUAAACAUCCUGAAUUACCUCUUGUUUUAGAUCCUGUGAAUCCAACGAUCAAUAUGUGUGAGCCUUUCAAUAAUCACAAAGGUACCGGAAUCUCGUUUUGGCAAUCCGUUUCACGAGUCGCUAUGGAUACGAAUAAGCACCCGUUAUUACAUGACGUCACUGUUUGGUGAUAGACCUUCAUCUUCAUAACAUACUUUCCCAGCAAACACAAAUGAUAAAUAUUCAAGAAGGUUUCGCGAACUUUGUGCUUAGGUUAUAUCAGAAAAUGACAUUAAUACAACGUUGGAUCUACGUUAGCAACGUUAUAUUGUUGAAAAUUACGUUAUAAAUACGUAUUUAUGGUUUUACAAAAACAAACGUCUUGAUAACCAAUGUGUGACUUUAUUAUAACGUAACAUUAGCUUGGUUAUUUUAUAAUAUAUAUAUCUGCAUGAACUUCUAUGCAAUAAAGCUAUUCUCUCACAACGAACACGUCUGUGUAGAGUGUACAGUUAUUCGCAAAAUACCAGCCAAUCAAAUAUCAUCUGUUAGAUAUCGGACGAAAUAAAAGUUGUGGGAGAGACAUUAUAAGGAUUACAAAGAAAAUGUAUUGUUAGAAGAUCGAAAUGUGUCAGUGAUGCUGGACCUUAUCUUGCAUACAGGCUACAUCUGUGUACAUUUCCUACUGUUGGUUGGAAAAUAUUUAGUGACACUAAUUAUCAAAUGAAUGAUGCGGGUGUGAUUUAUAGCAAAGUUUUAUCAAAUCUUUAUAUAAAUUAUGUUAAAGCUAUACAUUAUUAUAUUUUUUCGAAUUUUCUAAUACAGUAGAACCCCUAUUAAGGAGACACAUUCAGGACCAAAAAGAGUAUCCCGUUAAUAGGGGUUAGCCAUAUGUUAUUACACUUUCUCUCGUUUUGUGGCAGAAGAGUGUCUCCUUAAUAAUAAUAAUUGAUAGGGGUGUACCAAAGUAGGGGUUCUACUGUAAUUUAAAGCAAUAAUAGUAAAACGAUGAUUUCGAGACAUGUGUUAAUCGUUAUUUACAUUUUAAAUUAUUUUUGUAAUAUGAAUGUCGUGGUGAAAAUAGAACUAAUAUUGAUUGGACCAGCUUCAAUGCUAGCGGCAGUUUGGCGCAGCUGUUUACGUUCGGACUUUCAAUCGUAAGGUCGGGGUUUUCCGCUGUGCAAAUUCGCUUGUGUCCUGGGGAAAGGCACUUUAGCUACAUUGCUUCAGUCCACCCAGCUGUAUCAAUGGGUACCAGCAAUCUGCUGGGGACUAACCUGCGAUGGACUAGUGUCCCGUCCAGGGGGAGUACAACUCUCAUCCGCUUCACACUACAGAAACUGGGGAUAAGCUCCAGCCCUAUGAGCCCCAGUGGCUCGGAAAGGAUUUAGUGUUAGUUAGUUAGCUUCAAUUCCCAGGCGUGAGCAAGCCUCAGAGAAAAAGCAAGUCGAUCAAUAAAAUGGAAGUCUCUGUUGCAGGUUGCCACAAACUUUCAUAAAAGUUUAAUAAUCUCUCAUCAUAUCGGAUUCAUUAAUUAUAUGAAUUACCGUAAAUUAUGCUAAGUACAUCACGUCCAUCCUAGAUAUAUGACAUGUGGACAACCAGAUACCAUAAAACCGUAAAAAUAAUAUCAGUAUGAUGAUACGCCGCAUUGAUUGCUAAUUAGCAUUACACUAGCACACAGGUGUAAUCAACGCAUAUGGUGACAAAGCUAACAGCGCAACAAUAGGGAUAUUAUUAAUCGGAAGUACAGUACUUAACUUUCCGAUCCGUGGCAGAAUUAACAUUCUGACUAUUCAAGAUUAGGCUUAUGUGUUAAGCUAUUAUUAUCAAUUUAUUUUCGUUUUCUUAAUGACUAUUCAUAUUAUAAUUGGAAAAUAUAAACUGUAAUAAAAUUAAAUUUUACUCUU